AUGGUGCCUCGACAGCCACUUCCGGAAAGCAGCACGGCGCGCCGGCCGGCUCGCACACUUCCGCUCCCCACGCGUCGUCACGGAGCACAUGCUGACGUCACUUCCCCUCGGCGCCCUCCUCCGCCGGCGCCCGCCCAAACUCUGGGAGCGCGCAUGCGUGCUUUGCGUGAGGAAACGAAGGAUCGGCGUGUGUGUUCAACAAAUUCUGUCUUGUUGGUGCUUGGAAAACGAGGAACUGACAGGCGAGAAGGGAGUAACGCACGUCGGAGGAGACGAAGACGGAAACGGGAAAAGGGAAGAACGAAGCGGAAGGAGGAAAGAAGGAAGGCCCAGCCUCCGCUCCGCUCCAGCGGGCAACCCACACCUCCCCCCGCCCCCCAGAGGACUACAACUCCCAGCAGGCCUCGGGCGCCUAGGGCUGGCCGAGGAGGCCUAGGCGGGGUCGGCCCGGCUCCAGCCAGCCCGGCUCCCGUCGUGCCUCACGUGACGGCGGCCGCCGUAGCGCCCGCCGGGACCUGUAGUCUGGGCCGCGGGUGGGGGUGGGGCUGGGCACGGAGACGGGCGGGGGCCGGGAGGGCUGGCGCAGGCCCCUCCCCCGUCACUUCCUGCGGGGCUGCGGGCGCCGGGGCGGCUCUUCAGCGUUUGCGCCGGCGGCGGCCGCGUCUGGCUAGGCUCCCCGCCUCCUUCAGACCCCCCGGCCCGGCGGCGCCCGCCUCCUUCGCUGCCACUCCGCCUCUCCCCACCCGCCGUCCCUUCCUUCUGCCCUUUCCUCCUUCCUCCUUCCCCUCUUCGCCGCCGCCCAGGACCGCCGGCCGGGGGACGAGCCCGGGGCAGCAGCCAGGUGAGAUGGCCGGGCCUGACGGGGCCGCGGGGGCCGGUGGGCCGCGCGCCUGGGGCUUAGGCCGCGGCGGGCCCGCGCGCGCUCGGCCUUGCUCCCCGCCACCCCCCGCCCGGGCCUCUCUCCCGCCCGCUGGGCCUUCCCGGAGGAGGCGGGCUCUUCCGCGCCCCCCAGCCCCGGGGCGCCCAGCGCGGCCUGAACCCCGGGACGCCCCCAGCCCCUCCGUCCCGCGCUGGGGGGCCCAGAAAACAGGUGCCACGCCGCCUUGUCUCAUUCCUUUUCCUCGCGCGGCGUUGCCGAAGUUAUUCCCGGGGCCGGGGCGGGAAGGAUCACCUCAACCGGGUGUGGAGCGUGAUACGAGCGUGGCCCAGGUGUCCGACGCGGGGGUUGGGGGGCAGAUCCGAGCCCUGUCCCCCUCCCUUCGCUUUGCUUUUAAGUCCCCUCUGUCCCCGCGGGCCGGCUUUGCUUUUAAGCCGUUGCCCCACCUCAGUGUUGCAGAGUUGCGUAUGUGGAAGGUUUCUUCUGUUCGGGCGAAGAUGUGUGCUUCGGUCUGUUCUGCCUGUGUUCUCUGGCUCUGGGGACGUUUUUAA